AUGACCCCACGCCCUGUACGAGGCUUUCAAUCUGAACCCAUCAACCUCUCGAAACAAAGCUUGGGAAGUCUCGUCUUACAGCCAACCCAGAAUCCUAUCACAAUGGCGCACCACAACCGGUCAAGGACACCUCGAGAUGCCCGGUCAAUACAUCCCCUCUAUCGAAUGCGCUCAGAAGGUCAGCUGACAGCCACAAAAGAACAAUCACUGCCUCGUCUUCGCUCAAUGGGACAGCUGUCUUCACCACCGGACUGGCCACUUCCUCCAAUCCCUUCACGUUCGCCAUUGCGUCCAUCAGGCCGAAAUCAUGGUGGUAUUGGCCCACCGUUCUUGGGCAGCCGCACCGUGAAUAUGAACUCGCGAUUCUCUGUCUCUAGGAGUAGCUCGUCUUCUGACUCGACCUACAGCCAAGAUGACGAGACCGAUACUGGCCGUCGUUUUGGGCGCAACACAAUGCUCGUCCAAGAACAGACGGACCAGAAGAAGAUCGAAUUCACCCUUCGUCGGGACUCGAAACAGACACCCACCCUGAAAGACCUCAGCAGCAUCCUUCACCUGCGCGGUCGCCUCCAGGAGAUGGGAACUACAUUCACAGCUGAAGGCGAAAUGUUGACCUAUGGGAAUCCACCGCUAAAUGCAGAUCUUGAGCAGAUGCUUCGCCUUGGCGUAAUGUACGAUGAGCAGUGGAACAUGUUCUUCACGGGCCACGAAGUCAAGCAAGAUUCGAAAAGCAACCUCUGGUCGGAUCUGAAGGUUCUUCAAAAAAUGCUUCAAAACGAGGGUAUCUUCUUCGGCGAACAACAGAAGCGUUUGAACUACGGCAACUCACAUCCAAAGUUGAUUCGACUAAGUGAUCAGUACGACGUGCUGCGAGAGGAAUGGGCCAACAAGACUAUGCAGAGCUUGCAUCCCCUACAGCGACGCAGCCCAACACAUGAUGAGUUACCACAGACUCCGACAAACAUAGGCUGGAAGUUUCUUUUCGAUGACAGUGACGAAGAAGAACUUGCGCGGAAGAAGCGCCGUCGCUCGAGCCGUCUUACCGUCGUUGUCGAGGAACCGCAGCUAGGAAAUGGACCGGGGCCGACAGUGGAAGAAAGACGUUGGUUGGGAGAUGAAUUGUGUUCCUCACCGACCGGCAUCGAGUCUUCUCACGCCCCACACGAUAUAGGAGACAAGCCGCUCCCACCAGCUCCUGACACGCGAUCCAAUACGCGUUCUCGCGGCUUCACGGUCGGCACACCUACCCUUCUACAUGGCUCAAGCCCGCUCCAAGCCACAGAGACACCGAGCAUGUUGCUCCGGAAUGUAGAUCUUGAGACUCAGACUACUUACACUAUUGGCGAAGAGGACUCCCCAACACUGGGUCGCGUGAAUCGUUGGCCUGAACAGAUCAGUGCGAUGGCGUUUCUGGUCGAAGAUGAGCGCCGUCGCGCAGAGGAGCGUCAGCGCAUUGAAAUGUGGGACGUAGGUGAGGGGACUACGAAGGACAAGAAGAAAAGCAAGGGCGUGCGGAAGUGGCUGCGGACUGUGCUGGGGCGGAAGAAGGGUGGUGAGCAAUGA